GCUCGCGCACAGAGUUGAUGUGUGUACGCGUUGUUCCGUUCGUUUCGCAGAUAUUCUGUGUGUUGUUCUUCUUGUUGUUCCAUUGAGUAACGAUUGUCACUAACUACAAUCAAACGCUUGCUGGCGGUGUGUGCGUGCGUUUACUUUUUUAUUUCAUUAGGAUAUAGAAUAGUAGGCACUGCUGCGCGCUUGGGUGAGCGCAGUAGGCUAGUGUUGGUGGUUUUGUCGUUUGAAUAAAGUACUACGUACAUCAUCAGCCAUCAUCGCUCGCCACACAGAGGAGAUAUCAAAAUGGCUACUAGUGAUGAUGAACAUUACCAUCUCUACGAGGUGUUUCAAAAUUGCUUCAACAAAAUCGCUAACAAACAGCCUGAAAAAGCAGGCUAUCAGUCCCCAUAUGGCGGCAUGGACAAUGGCGUGUACACACCAGAGGAAUAUACUCACGAAAGCCCAGUGUCUGGAGGGCAAAGGUACACCUCGCCAAAGGCGGGUGGCGCCCUCUAUCAACCUGAAGCGUACUAUGAUGCUCCCGGUGGGUCUUGGUACCCGUCGUCGUCCAGUGGUGCAUACGCACCGCAUUCAGCUGGUGCCGCAUAUCACAAUGUUGGCCAUGGGGCGCAUCUCGGCGGUCCACAGCACAGCCAUGAUCAGUAUGCAAUGUCGCCGGUCGGCGUUUCUCACAUGGAUGGACACCUGAACCAAAAUCAAACCCAAUCACUUCCACCGAUGAGCACGUUCAGGGGAAAUACCGCACAGAUACCCUCCAUCGGUCCCCAGGGACAGAAUUCACCUGCAAUCUAUAACGCAAUCGCUGGCCAUCACAACCAACAUGCACAACAUAGUCCAAUUGUACAAAAUGAUACACUUGUCGGCAAUGCGCUGAAAACGAUGUAUCCAACUGAUCAAAGUAUCAGCAGUUACGGCUCGAAUCCAACUACACCAGUGAAUUCACCUCCUCCACUAACAUCACAGCAACAACAGGCGGCCGCAGCGGCAGCAGCAGCGGCGGCCGCUGCCCAGCAGCAAUCCUCGGUCGCUAGUUUACACGGUGGCGCGGUUGCUCCCGGAUCGUCCAGCAGUGCGUCGGCCUCAGCGUCGUCGGCAGCGGCAGUGGCCGCGGCGGCCGCAGCUGCAGCAGCAGCAGCCGCUGCAGGCCCCUGGCAACAAAUUAAUCCUGUGAUCAACAAUAACCCCGGUACUGCAGCCGGAUCAGCGGCCGUAGCGGCAGCAGCAGCGGCCCUGAACGGCCUGCCGAACGGUUCCUACGCUCCGGAGCUGGUGCAUCGGGGUCUACAGCACAUGGCUAACUCGCCCGAGAUCCAACCGCUGGACGACGCAAUUGUGUCACUACUUAGAGAACACUCUGAGAAUGGAACGGGUACCCGCAUGGAGGAGCGCCUAGACGAUGCGAUCAACAUCCUGCGGAAUCACUGUGAACCGCAGGUCGGUGUGUCGCUCUCUUCAUUGGACGGUAGCUCACCGUACGGUAGUGCAUCCGGUGCUGGCGUCGUUGGUGGCGGUGGUGGUGGCAGUGCAGGGUCAUCGAUUAUAGGACCUCCCGGUAGUUCUCAGUUGCACCCGGACGCGACCAAUGAUUUGCCGCCGUCGGCAGCUGUCGCGAGUGGGCUCGUACCAGUGAAAACGGAAAGAUUACCAAACACUCCCAUCGCGGUCAAUACGAAGAAACGCAAGGAACCGCCAGAUUCGGACACCAAGCCGAGCAGUUCGGUAACGGGAUCGUCCAAGGGAGCCAAGCGACAGCGGAAAUAUAAAACUUCGCGUAGUUGUUCCAGUGCAGAUGACGAUGAUGAUGACGAUAUAGAUCCGGUGACAAAGGAUCGAAAGGAGAAGGAACGAAGGCAGGCCAACAAUGCCCGUGAAAGAAUACGUAUUCGCGACAUCAACGAGGCACUGAAGGAAUUGGGGCGCAUGUGUAUGUCCCAUCUGAAGUCCGAUAAGCCACAGACCAAGCUCGGCAUCCUGAACAUGGCCGUCGAGGUGAUUAUGACGCUGGAGCAGCAAGUGCGCGAACGCAACCUCAACCCGAAAGCUGCUUGCCUAAAGCGGCGCGAGGAGGAAAAAGCGGAGGACGGUCCCAAACUGCCCCCUCACAUACUGCACCAGACGCCCUACCCGUCACUACCCGGCCCGCCGCCAAAUCUUCCUCACAACCCAGGGCCACCACAAUAGCAUAAUAACUUAAAUAAUUUAGUACGGAGAUAGCACAGCAAGCAGCAGCACACAUGUACAUAUACAGCCGUAGGUGAAUCGUGCGAAUGCGUGGACUGGUGGAUGUGGUUGUGAGAAAAAAAAAAACCCUGGUGGAAUGUGACUGUGUCCCAAAAUCAUAAUAAUAAUAAAUGUAUAGACGGUAGGCGUGUAUUCAAUUAACAGCAGAAACAUGAGGCAGACCACGUUACAUGCGCACACACACAUUUCACUAACGAACACGUGUGUGGGUGUAAUGCGUCCAUUCAUAUCACAACACUAGAGCGCGCGUAAAAGAAACAAAAGAAAGUUUUGUUAUUAUAGCUCAAACGAAAAAAAAAAUUGUAAACCACAGGUAUUUUAUGUAUGCACCGGAAUCGACGGGCAAUAACAAUAGAGAAUAGGCAGAAACCGAGCAGUUUAUUAUCACAAGAAGUUAGCAAAAAUAUCAAUCAAAAUGGCAAUUCGUUUGCACCGCUGGCAGUAACUGUACAACUAGUAGAACGGUGAUUUUUUUGAUGAGAAAUUGAGUGGAAACUUAUUAUAGUUCAACCUAUAUAUAUGAACAUCACAAACACACACACACACAUUGAAAAGGCUAGCGUGCUGUUAUAGUUUCGUAAUUUCUCCGGCUGAUUGAGUUUAAACUAUUUAAAAAGGUGUGAAUUUGGUUGUAAAUAAUAACAAUUGGAGAUUGUUUCUUUUUCAAAUUGGCGUUCAUAUAUUUUUCUUCAAAUUGAGUAUGUUAUGCUGGUAACAUUUUAUGAAUCAAAAAGUGGAGUUUAAAAGAUAUGUGCUAGCCAAUGUGAUCAACACACAAUCUUAUUUUGUAGUUAGAUAGUAGACUCUGAAUUAUUUUUGCCUCACGGUAGAAGGUAACAAGACUCUACUUAUACUAUUUCAGCAGAACAUAACUCUUUUGAGUUUAUUAUCAUUCUUUAGUCCAAUAACUUGACUAUGUUUCAACAGUAUUGAUAAAUUUUUUGUUCAUCGUAUAGUUGGUAUUAAUCCCAGUUAAAAGUUGUGUAUUUCUAUCAUAUCUAUUACCCCAGUUUUUCCAUCGAGUUGUUGCAAUAAAGAGAUGAUAAUAAAAUUUAAAAUAGUAAUCUCGAUCAGCCGUAGAAAUAACACUCGAAACAAGUGUUUCGCUUCUCGCUUCAUAAAAAAGCUCACCAAGAAUUAAACAGUAUUGUGCUCCGUCUUCAUAUAUUUGAGAAAAAGAGUCAGUGCUCAGUCUGAGAAAGCCAAAAUUCUUAAGCAAUCAAAGCAGAAUCACCCUCCAAAUCAACAAUCGCAUGACUGAAAAAUCAAUUCCAUGGUGUGAAGCAAUAGCGCUAAGCAUACUUAUGCUGUGCUGUAGGUAACUAAUUCUGAUAUUUUGAACUUUUUUUUCUGUUGAAUUUUGGUUUGAUUUCACCUUAUUUCACAGAUUGCUAGUUUCCUUAUUCCUCGUGGUCAUUUCGUCACCAUAGCAUGCCUCAAAUGUGAUUCUACGCAUAAUUGUCCCAUGUUUAAAGGAAGCUACAAGCUCUGACGAAACAUGACAUGCUUAGGCGUAGAUCAGCUGUUAAAUUUGAAAGCUUUUGGGUUGUUUUGGUGCACGAUUGUAUAUCAUUAUACUAGCUUUAUUUGAACCCAUUUUUACUUAUAUUUAGACUUUGUACAAAAAAAAAAUUUUUCAUCGUUAAAUUUCUCGGUGUCUGUCGAUUCCCUACUACUAAAGUCUGCUUCCUGCAGUCCACCAAUCGAUUUGAGUUUUCUGUACUUCAUCUGAACUGGAAUCAUACUUAAAAAAAAGUAUAAUAAUUUUUGCUGAGUUAUUCUGCUAUUAGUGUUAGUUAUUUUAUUUCGUUUACCUAACGAAGCAUCUGCGCUAACUAGCAGUGUUAGACUUCCAGCAAACAAAAAAGAACUGGAAUUCGGUAGAGAACAUUUGCAGUGGAAAUUGAAGCUUUGUGAAAACAUUCUCAUGUUUCUAAGUAUUGUUUAUCUUACUGGUUCGCAAAUGGCGCUGAUGGUUUAUUGACAACGUUUGAAUUAUUUUCGUUAGAUUGCUUUGGAAAGUUUGGCACGUUUUCUUCAUUUCCCAAAACAAAUUCAAAUCUAAAAAUAUAUCUGUUUUAACUCUUACACUUGAAUCACAUUGCUUAACAAUACUUCCAAACAUGGAAAUAUUUCCGAAGCUUCUGUUAUCGUUCAUUGCCCAGUAAUCCGUUUCUUUGUUUUUUUUUUUCUUACCAAGAGAUAAAUAAUUUCAUGUGAUAUAUUAAAUUAAUGCCGGCCCCAGACCGAUAGUUACAACCCGAAACAACACUUUUGUGCACUGUACAUGCAAAUAUAAAUCUAUGCAAGGAAAUUUGUAACAGUUGAAGAUGGUGCGUGUUAUGUUGAAGAGUAGAAGGCAACCCCUUUUUUUUUUGUUUAUUUUUUCUCCGAGGCAGAAGUGCAUUGUCCAUUCGGUACUGACGACAAUGUAUUUUCAGUAAGAUAAUUAUAUUCAAUUCAAUGGUAGCUACACGGACUCACACAAAAGCAUCACAGUUAGAAACUAAAGAUUUCAAAGUCUUUUCCGAAAAUCGGAAGCUAGUUUCGCUUUCCCCAAAAAAGCGGUUUGUUUUCUCAACCGGUAUUGUUCGUGAGAAAAUUACUUAAUUUUUUUUAGUUAGUUUACUAAGUAGAUGACAGGAAACAGAGCAGAUUUAUAUUAUUUCAAACGCUAUAUAGAACAGCAAGCAGCAAAGCAUAGGAAAAUUUUAUCAUUAGUUAUUUUUAAUUUUAUUUUAGUUUCUUUUUUUAAAUUUAUCUGUAGCUUUUAUAUCGGUAGUUUUAUUUUAUUUUCGAGAAGUAGCGCGGCGUUAACUUAGUAAAGAAGUAAACAAUUGAUACAACGUGCUAAAAGUCUCAAGAAUGAACGAAAUCAAUAUUUUUCAUGCGUACGCUAAGAAAUCACAGAGAAAGAAAGAGUUAAGAUAGAAAACUGUAUUAUUCAUUGUAUAAAAUAUAAUAAAGAUGAAGUAAAGCGGAAAAAUCAUACAAAGCAUAAUAUUUCUUUUUUUUUGUUCCACAUACUUUUAAACGUUUAUUUUUAUUAACUUAAUUUUAAAACACGAAGAAUGAGCAGAAAAUCGUGCAGACGACGACCAAAAGUCGCGAACGAAAAGGUAUUUUUAUGGGAAAAACUAUAUAUAUUUUAUAACGUUUUGUAUUCGGACGUGAAGCUAGAGUAAAUUUUUUUAAGGGUAGACAUUAUUCGACACUUUUUGAUCUUGAUAGGGGAAGAAUGUGUUUCGUAAUUCUGUGCUUACCCUUUUCAACCCCCAUUCGACGAAGAAACCAAGAGCAAUCCUAGUGAACGAAAACAGAGAGGCACAACUCAUUUGGUUGGCAUAAAUUUUCAUAUUGUUUUAUAUUAAUUUUCCUUUCUGUUGUUUGAGUUUGUUUUUUUUUGUAUGUGUUGAAUAGACAACCAAUAGACACAAAUGAAUCACUAUCUAUCUAAAAUGUAAGCCAACAACCAGUGACAAAUAAUAAUCCAAAGUUACACAGCAGCAAACAAAUGCGAUGGAAAAUGUUCAGUAUCAAACACGUCUAGAAUAUAAGCAGAAAAAAAAAUUUGCAUCUAUUUCACUCAAAAUCUCUUUUAAGAUUAGAAGAACAGCAAACGAGGACAGAAUGAAGCUCUAAAUAAAAAAAACUAAAAUCAUGCAGAAAUAUUUAACGUGAAAUGAAAAGUUUCUGUGUUACUACAAAUUGCAAGUAAAACAAUGAAAAUUAGUAUAAAAUGAUUGGAAAUGACGGAGAAAUGCUGUAAAUGCCACAAAAGAGUAAGGAAAAAAUCAGAUCACAGUGUAUAUUAUGUUAUAAAAAUAAAUGUGCCAUUUUUCCAUAAUAA